AUGGAGUCUGGGUCAAGCUCUUUUCGAGUGGAAUUUCCAGAUUUUUCUAGCACCAUUUUGCAGAAGUUAAACCAGCAGCGCCAGCAAGGACAAUUAUGUGAUGUGUCCAUUGUAGUUCAGGGCCAUCUCUUCCGAGCCCAUAAAGCUGUUCUUGCAGCUAGUUCACCUUACUUCUGUGAUCAGGUUCUCCUGAAAAACAGCAGGCGAAUAGUCCUGCCUGAUGUGAUGAAUCCCAGAGUAUUUGAAAACAUUCUUCUGUCUACCUAUACUGGUCGGCUGGUAAUGCCUGCUCCAGAAAUUGUUAGUUAUUUGACAGCAGCAAGUUUCCUUCAGAUGUGGCAUGUAGUGGAUAAGUGCACUGAAGUGCUAGAGGGGAACCCAACAGUUCUGUGUCAGAAGAUGAACCAUGGCAGUGAUCAUCAGUCCCCGAGCAGUAGUAGUUACAAUGGCCUUGUUGAAACGUUUGAACUUGGCUCUGCAGGACAGACGGAAUUCCACAAAGUGCAGGAACUAAGGGAUGGUGAAAAUGAAGAAGAGAGCUCUAAAGAUGAACUGUCAUGUCAACUGACAGAACAUGAGUACCUUCCCAGUAAUUCUUCAACAGAACAUGAUAGACUUAGCACUGGAAUGACAAGUCAGGAUGGUGAAGAAGGAACUAGUGAUAGUGCAGAGUAUCAGUAUACCAGACCUAUGUAUAGCAAACCCAGCAUCAUGUCUCACAAGCGGUGGAUCCAUGUGAAACCAGAAAGAUUUGAACAAGACUGUGAAGGUGUUGAUAAUCCUUAUGAUGAACACCAAGUUUCUGAAUCCAUGAAUGCCAUUCAGGCAGAUCAUUCAAUCCAGUCUUCAGGUGUUGAAGACUUUCAUAUAGGUGACAAGAAGAUGGAAGCAGAAUUUGAUGAACAGGCAGAUGAAAGUAAUUAUGAUGAACAAGUAGACUUCUAUGGCUCUUCUAUGGAAGAAUUUUCUGGUGAAAGGGCAGAUGGAAAUUUAAGUGCUCACAGACAGGAUCUUAUGAUAGCAGCAGGCUAUGGUGAAGGCAUUGAAAUGGCUUCAGGGAUUAAAGAAGAAACGUCCCUCACUGGAUUCUCACAUGCUGAUAAGCUGUAUCCUUGUCAGUGUGGUAAAAGCUUUACACACAAAAGUCAGAGAGAUCGGCAUAUGAGUAUGCACCUUGGUCUUCGACCUUAUGGCUGUGGUGUCUGUGGUAAAAAAUUCAAAAUGAAACACCAUCUUGUAGGCCAUAUGAAAAUUCAUACAGGCAUAAAACCAUAUGAGUGUAACAUCUGUGGGAAAAGAUUUAUGUGGCGGGACAGUUUUCAUCGGCAUGUGACCUCUUGUACCAAGUCAUAUCAAGCUUCUAAAGCUGAGCAGAGUACUACUGAGAUGAACUAAGACAUUAGUGCUUACAUUUGUUUAGUAGAGUAAGCAAAAUAAACUAAUUAUGCAAA